UCCCUUGGAGCGGUCCAUCCUGGUGCCUCUUUUGUGAAGCGGAGGCUGAGGAUAUUCCCGGACUCGCCAUGGCGGACGAAAAGCCUAAGGAAGGAGUCAAGACUGAAAACAAUGACCACAUUAAUUUGAAGGUGGCAGGGCAAGAUGGGUCGGUGGUGCAAUUUAAGAUUAAGAGACACACACCACUUAGUAAACUAAUGAAAGCCUAUUGUGAACGACAGGGUUUGUCAAUGAGGCAGAUCAGAUUCCGAUUUGAUGGGCAACCAAUCAAUGAAACAGACACACCUGCACAAUUGGAAAUGGAGGAUGAAGAUACAAUUGAUGUAUUCCAGCAGCAGACAGGAGGCAUUUACUAAAGAGAACAUGCAACUCUACUCCAGAACUGUGCUCCCAAGGAAAACAAUGCAUUCACAAUUAGAAAACCAAGAUUUGGUUCAUCCACAUCCUGACUACUGCAGUAUAGUUUUCUCUCUUCUUUAUAUAUACAUAUAUAUAUAUAGA